AUGGAGGACCCCACCAGCAAAGGAGAUGAGUCGUCGAAGAAGGUCCCCGCGACAUCAUCGUCUUCAAGCGGGAGAAGGGGAAAGGAAGUUACGGUGAAUACCGUCAACACGGCCCAACAGGUCCCUCAGCAAUAUUCGAUGAACUACACGGCGACGCCUCCCACGGCCCCCUCCUACGCCCCGCAGGCGCCUCAAUAUCGGCCUCAAGCCUCUACCCAACCAAUCUACUAUUCCGCACCACCGCCUCCACCCCCAUCUACGGCGCCGUCGCCUGUCGUCCACCAUUAUGCCCCUACUCCGUCCCAAGCCCCUCAAUACCAACCUCCUAUUCCUAGGACUUCUCAGCCGACACAACGAGUCCCGCCCCCGCAAAGUCAACUAGGCGGUGCAGCACAACCGCGACCCCGCCGACAAUACCCGGCCCUGCCGGUUCCGCUUUCCCACAUCUACCGGCAAAUUCGCGAUAAGAUCGGGACAAUAGCGCCCGGCCCAAGCUUCGAUCCAACCAUCCAAGAUCAAAGCAAGCAGUGCGAAUACCAUCGGGGUGCACCAGGGCACACCCUGGACACUUGUUGGAGAUUGAGGGAGAGGAUCCAGGAAAUGAUCGAUGCGAAGGAAGUCGUAUUCAAUGCUGUAAGGCCUCCGAACGUACAGGCCAAUCCUCUCCCCGACCAUGGAUCGGCUCCGGAGCCCUCCAUCAACAUGAUCACCCUAUGCACAUCAGGGAAGGGCGAAGGCGAGCAAGGUUGUUCCUCCCCCUUCGUGAUCGAGCACAUACCCGCAGAAGCCGCAGUCGGGUUCACCGGGAUUGAUGCACCUCCUGCCCCGCUCGUCAUAGAUAUUCUCGACCGAGAACCAUACUCGGACGACAAGGUCCCUUGGACCUAUGAAAAAGGUGUCGGGAGCCUCGAGCAACAAUUCAGCGUCAUGGGCGUAUCCCGCUCGGGACGGUUAUACAAGAACCCGGCGACCACCGACAAAGGGAAGGCGCCCGAUACUGAAGAGGAGACGAGGCCUAGGACCCUACAUACUCCGUCCAAGAAGGAUACUCCGCCAACGCCGAUACAUUCUCAAACACCACUGACGCAAGUUACAUCACCUGUAAUGCCCACAGACAUAUCUACAGCGCAUUCAGGCAUCCUUAUCGGACAUCCUCCACCAACAGCACAAACGGCGUCCAACCUUGUGGAGUCCGCACGUUUUACCGCGUUAGAAGGAAUGGUGAACCACUUGGCGGCCAACAUGGCCACCAACAUGACUGAGCUCAUGGCCAUACUCAGGAAUCAGAAUCAGGCCUCAUCGAGCUUUACUCUGCCUCUGGAGCAUAGACCAAUUGUCGAUCCAAAUCCAACAGUCACUCCAACCUUUGUUUCGGAGGUUGAAGACGCAUCUUUUUCAGCAAUGGCGUUUGCACCAACGGUCCAUCCGAUCAAUGAUCCUUUACCGCCACCACCUGCUCCAACAGCAAUUCCGUUGCCACCAGCAGCUUUCUUAUCCACGGACUCUACUAUGCAUACACUGCCACCGCUAACCGUGUCAAUGCAUCCUCCAAUCUAUACUGUGCCACCACCGACAGUUCCUCCGGUCACGAUCGCAUAG